AUGUCAGAACUGGACCCGCAGCUAGAACAGUCUGUGUGGCUUGUGGAUGGAGCUGGUCUCUGCUCUGGGAGAGUGGAGGUGAAGUCCAAUCAGUCCUGGGCCUCAGUGUGUGAAGCUGACUUUGACCGGCAGGAUGCAGAGGUAGUCUGUGGGGAGCUUGGCUGUGGGGCUCCUGCAGCUCUACAGGGGGGGCUAUAUGGAGAAGGUGAGGGUCAGACCUGGGAUAAAGAGUUCCAGUGUAAAGGCAAUGAGUCCCUUCUCCUGGACUGUGACACCUCAGACAGAAAAAACAACACCUGCCUACCUGAUAAUGCUGUUGGACUCACCUGCUCAGAGAAAAUAGUAAGAUUACUGUCUCUCUCUUUUCUUUUCACAGAGCCUGAUGAUGUGAGGCUGGUGGGAGGAGGCAGUCGCUGUGCUGGUGGAGUGGAGCGGUACGACCAGGGAGAGUGGAGGACUGUGGGAGCUGAAGACAGGGACCAGGAGGAUGUAGCUGCAGUAGUGUGUAGACAGCUGGGUUGUGGCUCCACUGUUUCAGUACCAUCUGGAAACACCACUAGAGGGUUUGGAUUCAUCUGUUCCGGGUCUGAGUCUUCACUGAGGGAAUGUAGGAGAAUAUAUUUUCUCCGUCAUGGACUCACAGUGAUCUGCUCAGAUCUCCUGGUCCAGCCUGAUAUCUCCCUGACUGACUCAAUGGGAGGGGUCUCCAGGGGCCACCAGGGGCCCGAGAUGUUCAGGGGCUACAGCUUCACCAUCACCUGCUCCACUCAGCCACAGUACCCAGGAGGCUCCUUCCUCCUCACGUUCACCGGCUCCAACAGAACCCAGACCCAGACAGCUGUCAAUCACUCUGCUGCCUUCCUCUUCCCUGCUGCAGAUGACUCCCACCAAGGGAACUACAGCUGUGUUUAUGACAAUUAUGUUUUCUCUCAUAACUUCUCCUUUGAGAGCGAGCUCCUCUCCCUCACCAUCACAGGUAACUGAACAUGAACCAGACUUAUAACUUUGUCAUUGACAGAUUUCCCACAGAUCUAUGUGAUGAUGAUCAGUCCCCUCAUCAAAGGUGUUUCUGUUUGCAGCCUCUCCUCUGCCAGCCUUCAUCAUCAGACACGUUGUAGUGCUGCUGCUCCUACUGACAGCCAUCACCACCUCCUACCUGUGC